AUGGAUGACGAUAUUCCACUUGCUGAUAUUCCGGUUGAUGACCUUAUUGUCCCUGUUGUUGAGGUUCCUGAUAUGGAGGUUCCUUCUGAUUCUUCUGGUCCAGAUUCUUUUGAGUCAGUGUCAUCAUCUACUCUCCAUGCGCUAGGGUUACAGCGAUACCCCACAGACACCGAUACCGACACUGCUAUGUCUGAGGCGCCCGUUCCGCAACUGGGUUUUGGGUUCAUCCCUGACUUCCCACGCAAUUUUGAUCCAGACCAGGAGGUCAAGUUUAUCCCUGAGGAGCAGCCUGUUGAGGCCCCUGUUAUUCCUGAUGAUCAGCUUCUUGACAUGCCCACUGAUCAUGAGCCUGCUCUAGCUGACCCAGAGCCGGAUAUUGCACGAGAGCCUGUGUUUGCUCACGACCCUUUACCUGUGCACGACCCUAUUCCUGUUGAUGCUCCAAUCGUUGCACCACCCAUUGUUGAUGCUCCAGUCGUUGCACCACCCGUUGUUGAUGUUCCAGUCGUUGCACCACCAGUUAUUGAGGUUCCAGUCGUUGCACCUCUACCUGACCCUAUGCCGGUGUUUGUUGACCGUGCACCUUUUGCUACACACGUUGAUCCUAGAUAUGCUGACACCCGUAACGGGUGGAUUGAGGAUGACGACGAUUAUCCUCCUUUUGUUCGACCAGUCACUCCCCCUGCUGCACCUGUUUAUGCACCCUUUGAUGUCCCACAGUUUCACCAGCACGUGUCAGACGUUCACCGCAUGGAUUUACCCAUCACUUUUCUUCAAGACAUACCUCCUCCCCGUCCAGGGGAAGGACCUUCUACUCAGCAGCACGAUCACAUACCACCUAUGUCAGCAGCCUUUCCGUUUAUACCCCCAUUUGCACCUGCUGCACACACUGCCUUUUCUUCUUCAGCACCCACGGGCGAGCCAUUUAUGUGGUCUUCGCCUAACGUCAUGCCUUUAUCAGAUCCAUACCAUCCUUUUCAUGUUGGGUAUACGACAGAUGAUAUACUUUUAUCCUUGCAGCUACAGCAGGAUAUGUUGAGUCGGAGAGUCGCUGAGCUCGAGAGGACCCCGCGUCCUCCAUCUUUUGCUGAUCCAUCACAGUCUUCUUUUCCACCUGCUCCACUAUUUCCUUAUCCGGAUUUCCACAUCUGA